AUGCAUGCGAUACUAGUGUUGUUGUACACGUCUACUGUACUGUUUUUGCCCCUCAUUUUCGCCCUCGUUAAUUGUGCCAAGGAGAAGGCAGGAAAAGGAAAAUCGAGCACUGAUAAUAACAAAAAAGUAAGUUUUUCUUUGUAGCACUUUGAGAAUAAGGGUUAAAAGACCACCACUGUAAUCUAAAACAACAUUGCAGGGCAAAGAAGACAAGAAAAAAGAAAAGAAGAAGGGAGACGAUGAUAGUUUUGAACAGGUUACUGUGAUUACCGACGCCCAAGUUAACAAAGCCGAAGCCUCGUCUACCACUUGA